UUUGUUUCUUUUUAUUAGGAAGAACUUAAAGACCACCAUUUUCUAUGCAUAGAUGCAAAUCACGAAGGAAUCAUUUCUUCGUAUUAAGGUCUAAUUUAGUAAAUAAUAAAAUAAUAUUAAGCAGAAACAAUUUGUACACUGAAGAGUCUUCGUUUAUAUAUUUUCUAAGGAAAAUGUAUCGCAUUUUUGGUUGAAACUAUGGGUACCUAGCGAUUACCUACAGUAUACAGACAGAAAAAAAUUGAUCAAACAAAACAUACCUAUGGAAAGUAUAAUCCUUGAAUAUAACUGACUAUAAGGUAUAUCUGAAUAAAGAAAAAACAACAAUUUUCUACAGUAAUGUGUAUUGAUUUCAUGCCCUUAAUUAAUUACUCGCGUAUUUAUCAAUUUAAAAGUAGCGCGAAAGUAUUGAGUAUUACAGUUCGGUACUUUCUCCCACCACGUGCUGUUUAAAUUACCGACACCAUAAACUGUACAUCUAUGUAACAUCACUGCAUAUUGGCUUGCAAGCGGUGACAUGGAGAAGUCGAUCAUUUCAUGUAUUUCACGAAUUAAAUUAUAACAUUAUACUUCAUUUUCAUUUAAACUUAUUUAUUUAUUCUGUGAGAUAUACAUCUGCGUUUCAUUAAUAUAUCGUUGAAGAUCGAUAAAUCAAUCAUGUUCCACACUUUGGAUAGCUUCGAUACCGAAUUUUCUGCCGACUCUGUCGAAUGGUGCCCAGCAAAUCCCUUCAGAGAUAUAUUUGUAUGCGGAACGUAUCAAUUAACAAAAGACAGUGAAACAACAUCGGAUAAAUCGGAAUCAUUAAAACGCUUAGGACGAAUGUAUAUGUUUCGAGUCGUAGACAAUGGACUUCUGGUACUGUUACAAAAGCUAGAAGUCCCUGCUGUGUUAGACACGAAAUGGGCACACGUUACGUAUCAAAAUAAAAUUUUACUUGGCGUUGUGAAUUCUAUAGGCUACUUGCAAGUUUAUCAAUUAAAAAUCAACGAAGAGAAGGAAACUUUGGAAUUAUUAACGGAGAAGAAAAUUUCCCAUAGCGACGACGAAGUUCUCAUCUUAUCAUUAGACUGGUGUUCCGGAAGAUGGAUGAAUAACAACGAAUCGAAUCCAAAAAUUGUAGUUAGCGAUUCGAAAGGUUUUAUAUCGUUAUUCGAAAUAAAUGAAAACGAACUUAACGAAAUUAAUUCAUGGCCCGCGCACGCAUUCGAAGCUUGGAUCGCAGCUUUCGAUUACUGGGAUACGAACGUCAUAUACACGGGCGGCGACGACUGUAAAUUCCAACGUUUCGAUACGAGAGUAGGAAGUGAAUCCACCGCGUUAAGCAAAAUUCAUGGCGCCGGUGUUACGAGCAUUCAUAGUAAUGCGACAAAAGAGUUUUUAUUAUCGUCUGGAAGUUACGACGAAACGUUGAGAUUAUGGGAUACAAGAAACAUAAAACGACCCGUUUCGGAAACCGAUCUUGGCGGUGGUGUGUGGCGUUUGAAAUGGGAUCCAUUCAAGCGAAACUAUUUACUCGCCGCUUGCAUGUAUGGCGGAUUUCGAAUAAUCAACUGCGAGAGAACAGAUGCACCGUCUGUCGUUAGCGAAUACAACGAGCACGAAAGUAUAGCGUACGGAUGCGAUUGGUCCUUUUUAAACAGCGCAGAAAUUGUAAAACGAAUACCCAAAAUGGAAGCAGGAAACGUUUCUUUGAUUGGUACCUGCUCCUUCUACGAUCACGUUUUAAAAUUGUCCGCAACACAUUUAGGGGAUUACUAAAUGAAUCUCUACUUACAGUGGGUGUAGUAAGUAUUCGUACACCGAUCAAUUUCCAAAAAAACUGUGUAAAAUUGUAAUUUAUUAACUUAUUGUUUAUAAACAAUAUUGUUUAUAUUAUUUAUAUAAC